UCAGUCCUCGGCGUCGUAAACAAAUGUCAAUUGUAUCAGAAUCCUAUUUCAAUCGAUCGUGGGUUCCCAACUACUUGUCAUUCCACCACAAUAGGACGUUCCCCAUUAGACCUUUUUGUGAUCCUCAACAACGCAUCCGUAUUGUCGGCAGUGAAUAGUGCGCAGAUCCUGACCAUCUUCACUUCUGAUCAGUAAGCCGAAGUUAGCCUCCAUUUCAAAGAAGCCAUCCUAUCCUGUCGUCUUUGAAUCCGACAACAUGUCCUCCACUUCUGGUCCUCUUAAGCGCAAGGUCGUUAUCAUGGGCUCGACCUCCGUUGGCAAGACUUCCUUGACUCAACAAUACGUUGCCCCACCGACUUACACUGCUUCAUACUAUCCUACAAUCGAGGAUACUUCUCACAAGAUUGUAAAAUACAAGGGAGCCGAUUACGACAUCGAGAUCGUCGAUUCUGCUGGUCUCGAAGAAUACUCUUUGUUCCCUGGCAAAUAUGCUGUUGGAGUCCAUGGAUACAUGCUUGUAUAUUCCAUCGCUUCUAGACAGUCCUUCGACAUGGUGCCCACAAUCUAUGACAAGAUCUUGGAUUAUGCUGGGCUAGAAAGUGUGCCCCUUGUCAUUGUCGGGCAGAAAACUGAUCUAAGAGAUGAAAGAUCCGUCACGAAGGAAGAGGGUGAGGCUUUGGCAAAGAAACUCCGCGCCGGUUUCAUAGAAUCUAGCGCCAAAGAUAAUGCCAAUGUCUCCGGUGCUUUCGAAGUUUUGCUCGAGGAAAUGCAGAAGGUGUACAAUCCUCAGCCCGAGAAGAAGAAGUCUAGUUGGUGGCCUUGGUAACUGCCGACAACUCGAGCUCCGUCCCUCUUUACCGACAACUGGGCUUAUUUAUACGUGGACAUUGCUUCAAACUUGCCGUGACUUCUAAUUUCCGAUGCUUUAAAUUCAUAUCCCUAUAUGCUCGUGUAUUGUUGUUCGUGCCCCAUGCGUUAUCCUUCUUCACCGUCAUCAUCGUAACUUUGUAUGUGACAUCAUCAUCCUCUUUUAUAGUAAUCGCACCUUUUUCUCAUAGUCUUUGGCUCCUGAAUACCUUUUAGUCCGUGCUUUGCUUUAGUAUAUUGGGGCCAACAGUUUGAAUGAAUUCAUUGACGUU